AUGUAUGUUCAUUAUGCGUGUCUAACACACAACAGAGGAAGCGAUCAUCCGGCCAUGUUGGAAGCGAUGAUCAAGGCAAAGCAAGACAUAACAGAAAAUUCGUCCAAAUUCCCGACGAUAAUCACUUGUCCCUCAGAAUUAGUCGCCCUGUCAGCUGCUCUAGGGUAUGCUCAGGUCACGGGAAUUCCGCAAUGUGUCAUUGUGCACGUGGACUGUGGUACUCUCGCUAUGGGACAAUCCAUCCAUAACGCCUCAGUGGGCAGGGUGCCUGUUUUAUGUUUUGCUGGACUAAGCCCCUUCACCCAGAAUGGCGAGCUUCUCGGCUCAAGGACGGAGUUCAUUCAUUGGUUGCAAGAUGUGCCCGACCAGGCGGCAAUUCUUCGGCAGUAUUGCAGGUACUCUGGUGAGAUCAAGACUGGCCGUAAUAUCAAAGAGAUGGUCUAUAGAGCUUUGCAUUUUGCAAUGUCCGACUCCAAGGGACCAGUAUAUCUUACGGCAGCGAGAGAGGUCCUCGAAGAAGCGAUUCCUUGGGGAGGAGAUACUCAGUCCAAUUGUUCCCAGCGCAUUGCCCGAAUCAGGUCAGACGUACUUUGUAAAGCCCUGUUUGGACUAUUGCUGACGGCAUCAGAGGUUGAAUUGAUUGGAAGCACGCUCAUAAACGCCAAGAAACCACUUGUUAUCGCAGGGUAUCUCGGUCGUAAUCCGCAAGCGCCACCAUUGUUAGCAGAGCUUUGCGACAAGCUACCAAUAAGCGUUCUUGAGUCAGUUGGGUCCGACAUGUCCAUGCGUACAGAUCAUGAAGCCUAUCUUGGUGUUACCAUUACCACACACCCGGCGGUCUGCGAGGCGGAUGUAAUCUUGAUCCUGGACUGCGACGUACCUUGGAUUCCUACUGCUGGAAAACCACAGAAGGGUAGGAGACUCGCGCCCAAGCUCAGCACGACAGUCUUUCACCUUGAUGUCGAUCCCCUGAAGCAACAAAUGCCACUAUUCUCGAUCAACGCAACCCGCAGGCUGAAAGUUAGUUGUGAGAUUGCACUCCGGCAACUAAACGCCUAUAUCGAUAAGCAAGGCAUUGAAAAGACGAAUUAUGCUACGGCAUUCGAGGCACGCGCGAAUCGUUACUUGCGCCGGAAAGAGAAUCUACGAGCCUUGGAGUCUCCUUCACAGGACGGCGCGAUCCGUGUUCCAUACCUCGCCUCCAGACUGCGACACCACCUUCCGGAAGAUACUGUUUACCUUGUUGAAGCCGUCAGCAACGCAGGUCUAAUCAUUCAGCACCUUAACUUGACACAGGUAUUUUACCUGCCUGAUUAUCCGAUACCCGUUAACACAGCUUUAGCCAGGAACACUCGUCGGAAGCGGCGCCGGUGGCCUCGGGUGGGGAGGCGGAGCGGCAUUAGGUGUCAAGCUGGCCAAGCCCGGCGCAUUCAUCUGUGCAAUGUGAGUAUUGAUGAUCACACCGUGAUAUCAAUAAGUGUCUACUGGAUUGCUAGGCGGUAUGAUCUCCCAUUUCUCCUAGUUGUGCUAAACAAUGGAGGAUGGAACGCACCCAAGGUGUCCGCAUUGCUUGUGCACCAGGAUGGGUUGUCUUCAAAGUCGAAUAGGCGAGAGUAUGGCUUAGAUCUUAAUAUAUCAUUCGAGCCAUCACCUGAUUACCCAGGGAUUGCCACUGCGGCGGGUACGGCUUGGGGUAUUACAGUGAAAGAACAAGAAAAGCUAGACUCAGCUAUUCAAGAAGCUGCCAAUGUAGUCCGAGGAGGCAGAUGUGCAGUCAUUGAAGUUUCGUAA